GAAUGAACUCAUUUGGCAAGUGAGAAAUGUCUUCAUGGCCUGGCUUGCAAUAGCGGGUUUAAACUCAUGAAAUGAAGCCGUUAUUAUUACGAUUUGAUUUCUAUCUAAGAAAUGCAUACAUAAACAAUUAGAUUGUUAUCGACAUUCAGAAGAUAAAUAGGCGACUUAGUUUAGGCUAAUAUUGCCUGCGCGUGAGUCACAGAACUUGACAAACUACACAUGGAAGCUGUGGAAGAGCUUCGAUCGUGGUGGAAGGUACCAUGUAUUGCUCAUUUUUGUUCCCUUUUUCGAGGGGUACUAUUUGAACAAUCCGAUUUGGACAUAGAGGAUUUAGAAGAAGCUCUGAUAGCAGCAACAUCACCAUGUGACAGUCCUAUAAUACUUGAUCUACUCUGUAGUUUAUUAGAAGGAAUAUAUGGCAGAGAGCAAUUAACGGUGGUGGAUUAUGAUAGAUAUAUGAAAGAUUUAUUCCGUCAUCAUCAUGAUGCAGGACAUAUUAAAACAAACCCACUGGUUGAUAAAACCUAUUUUGAACUGUCAUUACAUGACAAAGUGGAAGUUUUACACAAUCUGUGUGAUUUCCGGCUUGAUGCUGAAGAUGUUAUGGAGGUACUUAAGGGUCAUGAUGGUGAUAAUAUGAGAGUUGAACCAUUAGGUCAUGAUUUAAAUGGUGCCACCUAUUGGUAUUUCUAUGGUACCAGACUUUACCAAGAAGAUCCUUCACCAAAAGAUCCUAAAGAGAAAGAAAAAUUACCUAGACAUGUUAAACAUUCCAAAAAGUCUAAGAGGAAGAAGAAAACAGAAAGAGAAGAGCGAGCAGAAAAAAGAAGAUCUAAGAAGAAAGAUGCAAGUCCAGAAGAAAAGCCAAGAGAAUUAAGAGCUAGUCCUAAAUUGUUACGAAAGAGCAAAUGCAAUACAAAGAAAUCUUUAAUAGCUUUAGAAAAUGAAGAACAAACCGGAUAUGAUAAUGAAGAUGAAGGGUUUGAAGAAAACUAUAAUCAGGAAGAAGAGUUGUCAGAAGGAACCAAAACCAAAUCAGCUUUUGUAAAUGAUCCAUUGUCAAAAGGUACUCAAGAAUCCGCAAAUGCAGAUGCAGUAGACAAUAGUUGUGUAAGUGCAGAAGAAAUUAAAUCUACAGUGACAAAUACUUUAUCAGACAUUAAAGUGAAAAUUGAGAAAAAUGAAUUUGCAACCAAAAAAGAAACUUUAGCUGAUAGGGUGUCAGAGAUUAUUGGGGUGAAGGCAGAAGAUGAUAAGAAAAUAUCAGAAAGGAAAGAAGAAGAUAUUAUAGAUGGAAAAAAUAAAAUAGAAACUACCGACAUUAAACAUAAGACUACAGAUGCUAAGGGCAUUCAUGUGGAGGUUAAAGAUGAAAUAAAAGAUGAAGUUCAGUGUGAAGCUGAUGAAAAGGUGAAAGCUGAAGUAGAUAAAGUUGUGAAUGAUGUCAUCCAUGAAGUUGAAAAACAGAAUGACAACAGACUGACUAAAAAAAAACAUGAAGAAGCUGUCCCUGAACCUGAAGAAGCUGCCAUGGAACCUGAAAAAACUGUCCCUGAAUCUGAAAAAGCUGUCCCCAAACCUGAUGAAGCCGUCCUUCCAUUAGGGGAAAUUGAACCUGAAUAUGAAGAAGUUAUUCAGGAAUUUGAAGUAGAAACAGCUAAUAAAGAUGAUGAAAAUGAAAAUGGAGAUGAGAAGGUUGUUGAAAAAGAAGCGAAUGACAUGGAAUUAUUAGAUGAUUCUCCUGCUUCAAUAGAAGAUUCCAAAUCAGAGGACGAAAAACCUGUUGAGGUUAUUGAACCACGCCAUGUUUCGAGGUGGCACAUGGUUUGUUCAACUCUUGAAGACUGGCAGAAUUUAUCUGAAUUUUUCCGUGAAAGUGAAGCUAAAUGUGAAAAGGCUUUGUACAGGACUAUUGUUGAAGAUUUUUUGCCAGAAAUUCCUAACAUAAUUAUAGAAAGGGAAAAAGAAUUAACAAGAAGGUUGAUGCAGUCUAUGCCUAGAAGACAAUCGAGUCGGCUAGAAGUUAAACGUAUACAACAAGAAGAAUUAGAAAAAUUACAAGCUCAACAAGAAGCUGAAGAAGAAAAACAAAAAGCUAUUGAAGAUGAUAAACGUAUGGAAAGAGUGCGCCAAGCUAGAGUUGAAGACCAGAAAAAAGCUAGAGAAGAACGUGAAAGAGUGAGAGAAGAACGAGCUAAUAGAAUAAAGAAAAGAGAAGAAAGGGCUAGAUUAUUAGCAGAAGGUAUAGAAGUACCUGAAGAACUACAAAAUCUAGAUAGUCCAGUACCUGAAGCAGAAGUUCGAGUUCAGAAUUUAACUGUGAAUAAUGAAGUGACCAUAACCAUGUAUAAAGUUCUUGAUGCCAUUAAAAGUCAUCGUGAUUCCUGGUUAUUCUGGGAACCUGUAGAAGAAACUUUUGCACCUGGUUAUUUUGAUGUUGUAAAGAAUCCUAUAGAUUUAAUGAGAAUAGAGAGUAAAGUAAAUAAUCGGGAAUAUAAAACAACUGAUGACUUUUUUGAUGAUUUACAUCGAAUGUUUGAUAAUUGUAUUUUAUAUAAUGGUUCAGAUAGUGAUUAUGCAUAUAUGGCUCAAACAUUACGUAGUCACUUGAAAAAGGUCUAUAAGCGACUUUUACCUAAAGAGGAAGAUGUGGAGCCUCCCCCAGAAAAACCUAAGGUAGCUAAAAAAACUGUAGCAGAUGAUCCAUGUUUUAGUCCUGCUGCACCAUAUGUUUAUAAACCUAAAGCUAGAAGAAAAACACCAGAUUAUCAUUGUGUUUAUGAGAAAAAAGUUUACAAAGAUAUGGUGAAAUGUCCCCCGACAUCAUCUGGAACAUUUAAACAUGGAAACUACAUGGUUCGUAUGGGACCUGCGAUGAGAGAAAGUAAACAAAGAAUAUUUGAUGAACUAGAUAAAGAAAUGGCAGCCUAUAAAUCUAGUCAGGGUGAUAAAAAGUAUACAAAACUUCCCAUGUUAGCUACUUAUCCUGUAAAGCAAGAAAAUCGACCUCUUAUCGACCCUGAAGAUUCUUUGGCUGGAAGAUUCAAACGUAAAGUGGAUCAAAACAAAGUUCUUGCAACAGGAACUCCUAAAGUGGAGACUGUUGCAUCAUCUGAUAAUCCAGCUGUUAAGAAAAAUGUAUGGCACAUUUCUCAAGAGGACAUGAUUAAAUAUCGUAAAAUCGCUCACGAAAAUAAUGGAAUGGUAGAAAUCAAAGGACCUGACGGAAAAGUUCUUAAACUUCAGUUCAAAUCAGCUCCAAAGGCUCUAUCUCAAUCACAAACAACUACAGCACUUGCCAUAGCACCAGCCUCAGUUCCUUCAAGUGUGGAGAAAGAAGUUCCAAACACCCACCAAGUACCUCCAGCGGUAGUUGCUGAUCAGCCAGCAGAAGAAACUUUAAAAUCUGAUGAUGCUGCAGGUGAUGAAGUGGCUGUGCCAAAUACAGCCAAUUUACCUUCUUUAUCCACAGAAAGUACAGAUAAAAAUGACAGCAAACCACCAUCAGAUAUUCCACCAGAUACAAUUGACACAGCCAUUUCAUCUUCUUUAUCCUCAGAAAGUACAGAUAAAAAUGACAACAAACCACUAUCAGAUAUUCCACCAGAUACAAAUGACAAUCAGACGGACAUUUUCACUAAAGUUAAGCUUGUAAGUGAAAUAGAUGAAACCAAUCAAGAAUGUCAAAGUACUGAUAAUAAUGGUGGAGUUUUAAAGAGUGCUACAGCAACUGAUGAUGAGGACCAAGAAAAGUCACUAGAAAUUCAUAGUAUCAGCACUCAAGCAGAAGUAGACUAUGAAGAUUACAAGAAAAGUGUUGAACUAACAAAUGGUAAUCGAAAGAAACCAAAAUAUGAUCCUUUUAGAAAGAAACAAACUAAAGUUAAAACUCACACAAAAAAACAAUCUUUAGAAUUGUUAGAAAAGAAAUUACGUGAAGGUCAUUCAGUAGCAGAAAUUAGAGGUAAAACUAAGAAACCAAAAGAAACAAAGUCAAGUGUUAGAAAGAAUAAAAGCGAAAACUUAAAUGGUGUUAUAAUUCGUGGUGUUCAUCAUCAAAAUAGUGUCAAACGUAAACAUAUACCUACCAAUAACAAAGCACUGAAUAACGAGUUAGCUAAUAAGGAAGACGACUCUGAAUUUGAUGAUGAAGAUGACAUCCCAUUGAAGAAAUUAUGGCACCCUGUUCAACAGAGCCCUGAUAAAAUGAAACUCGUUAUAUGUAGAGGUCGUAAAGAUAGUGACACAGAAACACCUCAGUCAGAACUUGGUCCUAUUUCACCUAAGCCUGGCAUUUUGAAAAAACUAGGAACAUUUGAUAAUUCACUAUGGUUUACUAAAAUAAAUCAUAAAAAUACAUUAAAAAAUACGAAUUUGAAUGAUUCCAUGGCUGAGAGUGCAGAAAAUGUUGAGCAACCUCCCAAGAAGAAAAAAAGAGUGUCUUUUAGUGAUAAGCUUUCCGUUAGAAAUUUUUCAGCUCUUGGUUCAAAUGACGAUCAAAAUCAAGAAACUGGGCUAUUCGUGGUUUCAGUUCCAGAACCAGCUCCAUUGCCAUCAAGUAGAAAAUCUCCCAAAAAAUCGACAUUGGCUAAAGAAAAUAGUGCAAUAGAAUCUCAUUCUCUACGCACUUCCACUGAUCCUGCUUUACUUACUACAAUGCAACAUAAAAUAAAACAGCUUAAAUCUGAAUCGGUUUCCCAUAAAUAUGUGUGUGACUUCGACAGUGAUGAUGGAGAGGAGUUAUCCCCCCUUAUUAAACCAUCCUCUCAAGUUAGACCUGUAAUUAGUGUACUACCGAAGCGACCAUGCUCUUAUCUUAAGACUAGUAGUUAUUCAACAUUAUUGAAUAAACCACAUGAAUUUUCUGUGAAUGCCCCACAUUCUGUCGUGAGUAAAGUGGGUAAUGUGUUUAAGAAAUCGCAAGUAGAGUCCCCUUGUUUUGAAAAAUUGAAAUCGGUGAAUAUCCAGACUGAAAAAACAGGAGACCCUGUUACGCAAUCCAGAAAAGAUGUGUGUAUGGGAGCAAUGGAAGUAGAGAUUGAGUUGCCGAAAAAGCCAAAUGUGCGGGACGCAGCUGUAGAAACUAAAGAUUUAUCACCUGAUAUGGAAAUCGAUCUGAACAAUUUAGACAAGAAUGUUGAACAGGAACCUGAAAUUGAUCCAGUUGAUAAAAAACGUGCAGAAUCACUCAUAAAAACUUUUGUGGAGGAAUACCAGUAUCCCCAAAUAAACAAUCCUUUAAUUUCUAAGAAGAAGAGAGCAAAACCCAACAUACAAAAAAAAAAGACUAGAACAAAAAAAAUGGAACAUUCUGAAAAUAUUAAAGAUGUUCAGGAUUCUUCUAAAGUUGUAAUAUCUAUAACAAAAAAUAAAAAUAAUUCUAACACUACAUUUGAAAAUUCAGGAAAUAUUCAAAAUUUUGAAACGGUUGACAAAUUUGAAAAUACAAAUACUUUCAAUUCAGAAGAUAUUGAAAGCAUUGAAAAUGCUGACAAUGCUAAUAUUCACAAAUGCAAAAAUAUUCAAAAUGUGGAGAGUAUUGAUAGUGAUGAAAAUAUUGAUAGUGUUCAAAAUAUUGACAAGGGUGAAAAAAUUCAUAAUCAUGAAAAAAUACACAAAUCUGAAAAUAUUGACAUUGACAAUUCUGAAAAUAUUGACAUUGACAAUUCUGAAAAUAUUAACAUUGACAAUUCUGAAAAAAAAUUCAAUUCUGCCAGUAUUGGAAAUUCUGUUAAUAUUGAAUGUGUUAAAAAUCCUGAAAACCUUCAAGAAAGAGAUAUGUUUGAACAAUUUGGAGCUGUUGAAGAGCACCUAAUAGAACAGACAGAAAUACGAACUAAACUUCAGCAAUCGGAAACGCUGAAAAAAGCAACAAAACAAUUUACAAUGUCUCUUGUAGCUGACUAUACAGACGAAGAUGACCAAUCUGAAAGUGAGAGUCAAAACUCAGAGCAAUUGGAAGAUUUACCACUAAAUAAAGAGAUAUUGAAGGAGGAAGCACUGCCAACAUUAGAUAAAGAAUUACCACUAUUAGAUAAUGAUAUGCCUACAUUUGAAGCCUUCGAUGAUUCUGCAAUGCCACAACUUUCUCCAGCAUACGAGGAGGAAAUAGACCAUGAGGAAGAAUUAGGUGUUAUGGAGGACAUGCCUAUUCUUGAGGAAAGCCCAGAUAUUAAGAAUUCUGUGAACAAACUGAAAAGAGAACAAUUAACAAAAUCUGUUUGUGAAAAAAGUUCAAAUGAUCCACCCCAAAAGACAGUAGAAACAUCUCCAAACGUAUCAGUUGAAACAUCUCCCAAAACAUCAUCAGAAUUAUAUCCCAAAACAUCACCAGAAAAAAAAUAUCGAGAUAGGGAGCAUCCAUUUUUUAAUGAUCCAGCCAUGAUUAUUCUGUAUUCUCCUGAUUCUCCAAAACCCAAAACAGCAAAAGCUAAUUUAAUGGAUUCAUUUAUGAAGCUCGGCAGAAGUGAAAAUAGUUCAGAGAAAGGUGAAAUACAGUCAUCAGAUACUUCAUCUUCAACAUCAUCAUCACACGUCCAACAAGAAUCAACUGAGCAGGUUAGUCCAGUUGCAGAUCAAUUAAACAAUUCCUGAUAUUCUACAGAAUUAGAAACAAACAACACAAUUCAUGGUCAUUGUUUAUAACAGAGGACUGCUAGUGAAAAGCUGACUACUAUCAUAAAAUUCUUUGUGUGAAUUGUGCUAAAAUCUCACUUUGGCCAUUAUUGUUUAAAGUUGUGUUUUUGUUUGUGCUAUGUUAUAAGUGUAAACGUAUAACUUAAAUGUAUAAAUAAUUUGACAGGCUUGCAGGAAUUUGGAAGACAAAAAUCACACUUUUUGCAACACAUUACCUUUCCUUUUAAUUGAGCUAGAAUGUUCAAACUUGGUGUAGGCGUUCAUUAGGUGAAUGCCUUGAUGAAGUUCGAAGAUGAGCAUUUUCUGCUACGGCUAAGCAGAGAUAAACAAUUUGAUUGGUUGAUGCUUUGGGACACAAUAAUUUUAGUUGUAAUUAAGUGAGAAAUGAAAUGGGGUUUAACGUCCUACUGUUCUGCUCUGAACUGAGCUAAUGAAGAUGGGUAAUAAGUGAGAGAAGUGAGAGUAAUGAAACUUGGUGUAUAGUUUCAUUACAUCAAUAUCUUGAGUAAAUUUGAUAAUGAACAUUUUCAGCUCAGGGUAAGCAGAGCGAUAAGCAAUUUGAUGUGUCAAGACUUUGGAGCUCGACAACUUUGAUUUUAAUUGAGUGAUAAUGGUGAAACUUUGUGCAUAGUUUCAUUACAUCAUUGGUUGAUUGCUUUGGGACAAUAUAACUUUGAUUCUAACUGAUGGAGAGUCAAAACCUUGACUGAGUUUGAUCUUGAACAUUUUAUGCUUAUAAGACUAAGUAAAAAUAAUCUGUUUGAUUGCUCAAUACUUUUGAAAAAGAUAAAUGUGCAAUAAAUCAAUAUGUGUCAUCUAUUUAUUUUGGGAUUUCAGCAGGGGACAUCAGCCUCGCUGUUAGCUUUUUAAAAUUCAUUCAGAAUCAAUGAAAAAUAUUGGAUUCCUAAUGAGUGUCGCAUUUGCAACUGUUUACUUUACUGAUCAGUGUUGAGUAAUUAACAGACUAUUUAGUUAUCUAAGCUGUUUUAUUAGCAGGUGAACCGUGUAAUUCCCUAUGACGUAAUUAGACUAAACCAAUGAUUUAAUUAGCUGAUAUAAUGUACAUUUAUGGUUUAAUAUUUAGUUUGAUUACUCAAUACUUUUGAAAAAGAUAAAUGUGCAAUUAAUUAAUAUGUGUCAUCUAUUUGUUUUGGGAUUUCAGCGGUGGACAUCAGCCUCACUCCACAUAAAAAGUUUCAUUUUAUUUGUGUAUAAUAUAGAUUUUUAAUACCAAUUUUGUAUAUAUCUGUAUGUGGUGUUAAGAAUUUAUUGCAAAAUAGUAAUAGGUUGAAAACAAUAUUUCAAAUUCAAAGUAAAAGAAUAAAAUGUUUGAUAUAUGGAGAUAUAUUUUACAAAUUUGGCAAUAAAACCACACUCAUUUGGUGACUUUGUGUUGCAGUUUGGAAAUACAAUGAGUUGACAUGUAAAUUACUUAGAAAAUUUAAAAUACAAUUAAUUGAAUUAAGACAUAGGGGUUACCAACAAAGCACUGUUUGAGUAAUAUGUAGAUCACUUGACUGCUUGUUUCAUGCACUUUGUGACAAGAAAAACACAUCUUCAUAUUCGUUCAUUUAAUGUAUGUUGUCGUCGCCCCCAUCCGGACAUCUGUCCGUCCACAAUUUGUUUGUGGGCACUCUAAAGGUCACAAUUCUUAUCUGAUUUUGACGAAACUUGAAAUAUAGGUUUAUCUCCAAAAGAUCUUGGUUCCUUUAGAUAUUGGCAUAUAUCGGAUCAAAACUUCAUGGAUUAUGGCCCUGAUUGUAUGAAAAAUCAUGUUUUUAGCUUGAGGACACUCUAGAGGUCACAAUUUUCAUCUGAUUUUGAUGAAACUUGAAAUGCAUGUUUAUAACCCAAAGAUCUUUGUUCCUUUCGAUAUUCGCACAUAUUGGAUUGCAAUUUCCUGAAAUAUGGCCUCUGAUUGAAAAUCAGAUCAAACUGCCAGACAAAAUGGCCGUCCCUCGUAUGCAAAUAUUGUAAAUAUAUGGUAUAUCAAGGUUUUUGGACCCUCUCGAGGCCACAAUUGUGAUCCGAUUUUGAUGAAACUAUAAAUUUAUGUUUAUAUCACAAAGAUCAUGGUUCUUUUUGAUAAUCGCGCAUAUCCGAAUGUAACUUCCUGGAUUAUGGUCCCAGAUUGUUCAAAAAAUUGCAUUUUUAGUUUGUGGAUUCUCUAGAGGUCACAAUUUUUUUAUCCGAUAUUUAAAACCGUUUAAAUAUAUCACAAUUGUGAUCCGAUUUUGAUGAAACUAUAAAUUUAUGUUUAUAUCACAAAGAUCAUGGUUCUUUUUGAUAAUCGCGCAUAUCCGAAUGUAACUUCCUGGAUUAUGGGCCCAGAUUGUUCAAAAAAUUGCAUUUUUAGCUUGUGGAUUCUCUAGAGGUCACAAUUUUUUUAUCCGAUAUUUAAAACCGUUUAAAUAUAUCACCAUUCCACCAUAAUGAAGGUUGAAUUCAAAUUUUGGGAAAAUCGAAUUGAACUGCCCGACUAAAUGGUCGCUCUUUGUACGCAAAUUGUGUAAAAGUAUGUAAUACAAAGGUUGUGGACCCUCUAGAUUUAUCUGAUUUUAAUGAAAAUUUAAAUAUAUCUUUAUAUCCCAAAUAUCUCAGUCCCUUCUGAUAUUUGUGCAUUUCAGACCAUUAGCUUGUUCUCUAACCAUAUUUUGCAAAAUAUGGGCAUAUCUUGCCUGGCAACCGCUGAUAUAUAUUUUUUGUCCUGUGCAUGUUGAUGUCAAUCGUUUUAUUUUAUUCUGAAUAUACAUUUCACUUUUUAUAAAAAUAUUUCAUAAUUAUGCACAUUUUUAUGACUUAUGAAAUUUAUAUUAUUGAUGGUAUUUUAGAAAUAUAUUUGCUAUGAACUGUUUAUGAAUCGUACAGUAGUGAUCAUAAAAUGAUUUUUACUUGUUUUGGUGUGAAAUAUGAAUGAGGAGAAAAAUGGCUAUAUGUAUUGUAUACUGACUUUUAUAAAGAAAAGAUUUUCUUUAUAUUAUAUAAUAUAAUACAAUAUGUGGAUGAGCUGACUGAAUGUGCUUCUUUCAAAUAUUCAUCACACCAUAUAAAUUUAUGUUAUGUAUACAC